UCUGUCUGUCAACACCUAUAUCGCGAGCCUUGCUUGACCCGCUAAAGUAAUCACUUACUCGAUAGCGACGCCGGCAUUCUUUAGAACGCGCAUCGGGUUAUAUUAUCUGCUUCUUGCUGUGAAGGUGCUUUGCUUGUCAGGCCAUGGCGUGCAAAUGUUUGGUAACGUUUGGCGACAAGAACGUCGUCGUGCCUUUUGUUGGCCCUUGGAAGCGCGCACAGCUAUUCGAAUACCUGAAGCGUGAGCGGGCAUUCGCCGGUAUAGACUUCGGCAGCGCAACACUGACGGUUUUUGAUGCCGACUUCGGAUUGCAUGUCGAUGUGACCGAUGACUUUAUCAUUGAGGACAAGUCGAAGUUGGAGAUAAAAGAAGGGAGCCAGUAUCGAAUUGUUGAUGUCAUUGAUGUGGAGGUCCUCCCAGCUGCACCACAAGAACCACCUGCACGCAGAGUUUACACCCUGCCGUCGGUGCCUGUAGACAUCAGGUUAAGUAUUGAGAAGCACCAGCCAGGCCGCUACUUUGCAAAUCGACGCAGAGUGGUUGAGUGGCUGUACCACGACCUCUGCACCUACACAAUGUACCCAGGAAAACUUUAUGAAGAAGCAGCCAGGGAGCUCAUCACAAAGUUCCCCUGUCUGGCUGACUCAACAGGAACUGGAUAUGACUCCUGGCGGGUGCAGCUCCGCUUUAAAGCUAAAUACCAGAGGAGGAAGUUGAAGACACAAGAUGAGGCCGCUGGUUCCCUGCCUGUCAAAAGAACCAGGCACACUGAGGAAGUUGCACAGAAGCGAAUCUCCCGGCCAUCUCUUGCUCAUGACAUGGGCGAUGCUGAGGAUGACAUCAGCUUACUCAUGCAUGUGGAGGCCAUGCAGAAAGAGGCAAGGAAAGCCUCUCCAGACACCAUUUACCUCCUAGAUGCUAUGAUGCGCACAUUUGCUGAGAGGAGGAAGUGGAUCUCAGAAGAAACACCAAGUGUUACGGAUAUUGUUGAAAAAUAUCCGGCCCUUGCAGUUGGCUCCGUGGUACGCAUUUGUUGUGCAUUCUUUUCUCACACGAUGCACACUUUAGUGCGACCUAAUGCAUGCAGUCUUCAAUGAUUGAGAUAAUUGCUUGAGAACUUAUAAGCUGCACAGUUUUAAGGACUGCAUUGACCAUGUCGCCAAAAACUGUCUGCAUGAAGCCAAAUCGGCUCUUCUGUUUUUAUUCAAUUUCUGUAGUUUCAUGGUAUACUCGGGUCAAUGUCCGCAUAUCCUUUACUGCUUAUGGAUUUUUACAUAAUUUAAUGUAGUGAGCUUUCUGUAAUACCUCAAUUUCUGUAAAUCUCGGCAUUAAAGCAUCGAUUCUACCCUUCUAUUCCUAUCCUACUUCUCGAGCCACUGUUAAAGAUCUUGUGAUAAAGGAGGUGGCAUCCUAUUUGAUUCACCAGGCUGUUUUCCAAUUGUAGAUAUACAAACAUCACAGUCCUGCGAGAUUAUUCACCAUUCCAGUGUCAACUUAAGGAACCAGUUACCACAGCAAUUGAAGCACUUCUGUAGUGUCUGACACCAUAAAGCUGCCUGGAAUUCUUGCUCUUAAUUUCUCGCUUUCUAACUUUGCACUUUAAAGCACUUUAACUUUAAAGCAAUCACUAAUGUGACCCUGGUUGACGCAUUAAGAGGAGUCCUUGACCCAAUAGCCCACAAAAUUCUCCAAAGUGCCCAGAAGAAACGCCACCUGGAAGAUUUCCUUAUAGGGCUGGAGAAAAUGAAAGAUGGCGUCCCCCAGCCGGAGCAGAACGACUUGAUGCUCACCGCGGCCAUAUUUGUGCUGCCCAGCCUGGUGAAGGAACGGGUUGAGGCGUUUGUGUGCAGUCGCGAGCCUGAAGCGGUGCAUGUUGUACCGACUGUCACUUACACCGGCAACAUUCUGGAGCUGCCAGAGUUUACGAUCCAACUGGAAGCGCUGGAGAUCCAGGCGCCCAACCUAUUACAAGCUGUCGCCAUACAGAUGGCAUUGUACUGGACGUUUGACAUAGUUUUUUGUGCAAAAGCACAGAAAACUUUUGACCUGCUGUGCCGCCUUAUUGGUGUAAGCAGUGGCAUACAGGCAACACCACUUGUCCGUGUAGCACAAACCUUGCUCAAGCAAUAAUCUUUCAUAGCAUUUAUGAUGCUUGAAAAAUAAAGUAUUUUUCAC